AUGCGCGCCUACAGCUCGUUUCGCCGGGAUCGGCGUUGCAUCAGUUUCUUGAGCAGCAUCCUAUUGCAGCCAGGCGUACCUCUUGGCAUCUUGGCAUCUCCAAAAAACCCCAACCUCCCCGAUCCGCGCUCUCGGCGCCAAAAGUCGCCCUGGGGCCUGUCGGUCAAGCCUGGGGCGACUUCGAUAACGAAAAUUGAUGGUGGGCUUUUCUUUCUUGGGGUGACGCGGGCCACUGGGAUAGCAUGUCGGGAAAAUGAGAGGGGCAAACCACAGGAAAACAGAGUACCAAGUACCCUACGAAAGUGUAUUAUUUAUCUCAAUGCCACCCGCCCCCCCGUUGUUGACCACUUGAAUGCCUCUUCCCCGUCCUCUCCUCCAGCGGCCCGUCCAUCUCGCAUCCCUCCACUUGAGGCUAUCCCAGGCACCUUGUCAAAUUCACUUCCCGUGACAAUGAGGGUACUCGACCAGAUCACCGCGGCCAAGGCUGCCACUGUCCUGCUCUCCGUGGCAGGCGUCGCCAGCUCGCAGAAAGUCUGCAAGCCAAAGAUCGACUCGGCCAAGCUCCAGGCCGACAUCACCGUCGAGAACCUGAUGAAGAAUCUGCAGGUGUUGAACGAUCUUGCCUAUGCCAACGGCGGCAACCGCGCCUUUGGCCUGCCCGGAAACGCGGCCACCGUCGACUACAUCUUCGACCGCGUCUCGGGUGUGCCCGGGACCCGGGCCUGGAAGCAGGAGUUUGGUGCCCAGUUCGCUCAGGUCCAGUCUCUGUCCGUCAAGUUCAACGGCGAAUAUGUCGGCCCCGCUCACGGCCUGACCUACUCCCCCUCGACCAGUGCCGAAGGCAUCGAGGCCGAGAUCGUCGUUGGCCCCGAAGGCGCUGCUGGAUGCGACCCGGCCAACUAUGCCGGCCUGGACGUGUCGGGCAAGAUUGUCCUGGUGGACCGUUUCCGCUGCCCGACUGGCGGCACCCUGGCCGGCCGCGUGCUCCCCGCUGCUAAGAACGGCGCCAUCGGAGUCCUUGUGUACAGCGACGUGACAACACAGGUCACUGCCGGAUCGCUCGGUAGCCCGUCGGAUGAGUUCGUACCGGCGGCUUUGAUCAACCGUGUCGAUGGGCUCGCGGCUAAGGAGAGAAUCGCCGCCGGCGAGACCAUCACUGCCUUCUUCCAGCAGACUCAGGUCGUCGAGGAGCGCAAGACGUACAACAUUUUUGUCGAGACGGAGGAUGGCGAUCCGGACAACACCAUUGUGCUCGGCGCUCACCACGACAGCGUCCAAGCCGGUCCAGGUAUCAAUGACGAUGCUUCGGGAUCGUCCCUUUUGAUCGAGCUCUUCCACGCCUUCACCAAGUACCGCACCCGAAACCGCGUCCGGUUCGCCUGGUGGGCUGCUGAGGAGAACGGCCUGUUGGGCUCCAAGUACUACUGCAACAACCUUUCGGCGCCCGAGAUCAACCAAAUCCUCGCAUAUCUCAACUUUGACAUGCAGGCACGCGGCCGCAUCGGCGUGUCCGAUAACGACGGCCGUGAAUAUGGCAGCGUUGCCCCCAAGGGCUCCGAAGUCAUCCAGCAGACCUACCUUGACCACUUUGCCGCCCAGGAUGUCGUUGUCACGCCGCGCGUCCUGACCAACGGCAGCGACUACGCCUCGUUCUGGUCCAUCCUCAACAAGCCCUUCGGGUUCCUUCAGACGGGCAUUUUGCCCGAGGAGGAUCCGUGCUACCACCAGGCCUGUGACAACAUCACCAACAUCCAGCCCGAGCUGCUGCUCCUCAACGCGAGGGCCGCCGCUCAUCAGCUGACUGUGCUUUCUCUUAACGGCACCUCGCUGAUUCCCAAGGUUCCCGUCCAGGAGUCCGGGCUCGCCGCCAUCCGCGCCAGGAGCUUGAUGUCCGGCUGGCCCAACGUCGCGGGCAUGGACGAGAUCAGGGCGGCCGGUGAGUCGCACGUCGGAUGCGGACACGAUAUCUAG